CUAGGUGGGCUGCAAGGCGCACGGUCAUUGGCGGGAUCGAUCGCCAUCGCGUCUCCAGCGAGGGAGCCGAGUACCUCUGUUCAGGCUUCUCUCUGCCUCUUGUGACUCGCUCGUUUUGUAUAUUUACUUCGUUGUUUCACGUUAACGACGCUAAAUAACAGUGAUAAUGCGACGUCAGGUGAACGGGUACGUGGAGAGGCGUGGCGGAGGCGGCCGAGGACGAGGGAACAUGGGUCGAGGACGAGGAGGCCAGCGAGGCGGUGCUGGAGGUCGUGGAGGUGGGAUACACAAGCCACCACCUCUCAUGUCUCGUCCCAUGCCACCCCCACCAGGCAUGCGACGGCCCCUUAUAAUGGGGCCCCCCCGUGGCCCUAUGGGCCCUCCCCCACCCAUGGGGAUGGGACCGCCUCUAGGCCGUAUGGGUCCCCCAGGACCAGGCCGAAGACCUAAUCACAUGGGCCCUCCUGGGCGAAUGGUUGGAGCACCCAUGGGUGGGCAUGUACGAAUGGGGCCUCUGGGUCCUGGACGAUUAGGUCCCCCAGGACCCGGGCCUCUAGGACUUAGUAGAGGCAUGGGUCCGCCACCACCAAGAGGGGGCAUGGGCCCCAGAGGAAGAGGCAUGUUGCCCCCGCCGCCCAUGGGACCACCUUUCAGACCCCCGGGCCCGGGUAUGAUGGGUCCCCCCAGGAUGCCCAUGAGAGGGCGUGGGCGUGGGCGGGGGCCAGUCACACGGGGUAGGGGCGUGGCAAGGGGGCGGGGCACUGGGAUUACCAUGAUCAAGAGCAAAGACAAGCAGGGAGAAAUGAAUAAACCAUGGGUAACAGAAGGAAUGAAAAAUGAAAUUAUGAAGAAGCAUAAAUUGCACCAGAAGGCCAAAAAGACAAAAAGUAAAGCAGACUGGGAUGAGUUUAAGGAACAACGGAAUAAGGUGACGACCAUGCUGCGUGAAGCCAAGCUGGAGUACAUAGGAGCACACCCAGAAGAGGAUGUGGAUAAAAUAUUGGCGGAAGCAGCCAUGCAAGGCAACAUUAAAGAUGAGGAAAAUAAAGGGGAGGCGUCAGCCACUAGUGAAGCUAAUGCGGACAGUUCGGACGCCCCCGAGGGGGGUGGGGCAAAACCCCAAUCCAUGGACCAGGCAGAGGAGAACGGGGAGUCUAUAGUGGAUCAGAAAGAGUUAAACACCGAUGUACCAAUGGCUCCCCUGGCCCCAGAAAUAGUGGGGGGCAUAAAAUCGGAGACCAAUGGGGUCAGCCAAGUGGAUGUUAAAGCACCUGGUCAAUAGGCUCUGAGCCGUGACCACCACCCACCCUGCCACUUUGUCCUGCUAUCAUAGCUAAAAUCUACUUUAUAUUCAAACUGUAUUUUUGAAAUAGGGUUAUGCUCCAUACUUUUUUAGACUUAGAAAGUAAAUGUUUUAAAGAAAAAAUUAAAAAAAUCAGUCUUGCUCUAAAUUUCUAUUAAUAUGACUGUGUUCACAAAUAAUGAAUUUAUUUUCAAUGUCCAGAUCAAGUCAUUAAUUUUAACUUAAGGUUAUGAGAUCUUGUAUCAAUAUCUCUUAUAUGAUUAGUGAAUUUUUUGUGCAAUUGAGACCAUUGGCUCAUCUUAAAUAUGUUUUCACUUAGGUUAAGGAAAUAAAUUUAUAGUAAAUGA